AUGGCUACUUCACAAGCGAGUCAAACCCUUGUUAGACGGCCAUCUGCAGGGGAUGUCGCUCUUAUGCCCCCGCCGCCCCUCAAGCGGAUCAAAAGACCACCCAAAGUUUUGGACGAAGACGAAUAUACCCAGGCGCUGUCCGACAUCAUUGCGCGCGACUACUUCCCGGGUCUCCUCGAGAGCCAGGCGCAGCAUGAGUAUCUGACGGCACUCGACUCCGGAAACGAGUCUUGGAUUGUGGAGGCGGCGCAGAAAUUGAGACAGGCAGCCGCGCCAGCAGCGGGCAGCAAGAGAAGGUCAGCGCGGAACACUAGAUUCGACAGGACGCCUUCAGCAACGCCCCGAGUGCUGGGAGAUACGCCGGUGGGGUAUACGGGGAGCGAGACACCCAUGACCGUCGCGGGAACCGAAGUUGAGGACGACAGGAAGGAGGAGCCAAAACAGUUGGAUACGUCGAGAUUUUCGCUGGGUUCUUUCCAGGCGAAAUAUACUUCCGAGGACAAUGAAUCCUUCAACGCUCUGCUAGACAAACAGAAUCAUAAACGCCGCGAGAAGCAUGCCCACCUCUGGACUCAGGAUCAGCGAGUCCCCUCCGCACGACAAAUCGCGUACCGGGCCCGCGAAGCGCGACUCCUCAAGGAGCACGAAGAAAGUGAAGCAGCAGCAGGGAAAGCUCUUGUGCCGAUGACUUCAGGGGCGACAGACGCUCGUCUCGCGAGACCUGAUGCCUGGAAGAUCAAGCGUCCCGACAACGGCUUCAUGUUCAACGCGACUUCGGUGGACGAAGACGGGCUCCAAACCGUGCAGGAAGUCAAGGAACAAAACUCCAAGGCCGGGCCCAAACAUGUAGUCUACGCAAACACGCGGUUUCCGCCAAUGCAAUACGUCGACGACGAACCUGGUCCUGUCCCUCCAUCACCGUCCCUGAACACGGAAAUCAUUGCGCAACGAACUGCCGCCCACGCCAGACAGCGAGGGGGCGGCGAUGCAGAGACAACUACGGACUUCCCGGGGAGUGAAACACCGCGCGUCAACGGCUACGCAUUCGUCGACGAAGACGAGCCCGAAAACCUGCCAGAAACGGAAUCUUCCGCCCCCAGCUACCGCGACCUCUUAGCCGGGCAGGUGGACAGCACGCCCAACCCAUUCAAAAUCAGCGAGAUCCGCAAGCGAGAGGAUCUCCACCUAAGAAUGCUGGAGAAGCAGGCGAGGAGGAAGAGGGAGAAGGAUCGGGAGACGAUCAGAACACCGGCCGGUGGUUCUGCGGUUGGGACGCCUUCUUCUUCGGCAGCAGCAGCAGCAGCAGGAAACAUGACUCCCGCCGCAAGACGUCUGAUGGAGAAGCUGGGCGGGAACAAGACACCCGCGAGAACCGGCCUUGGACUGGACGGAAUUGAUGCGAAGAAGAUGUGGACUCCUGGCCGGACUCCACGGAGGAGGCAUGCUGGGAAAUGA